ACUUCGCUGUCGAUCACCAUGGCCAAAGCUGCUUCUUCUUUAUUGCAAACCCUAAGGCGCUACAUUAAGAAACCUUGGGAGAUCACUGGGCCGUGUGCAGAUCCAGAGUACAGAUCAGCGGUUCCGAGCGCCUUGGAGUACAGGGUCGUUUGCCCCGCCACCAUUAAGGAGAAAGCUAUUAUCCCUACAUCCAAUCCCGAAACCGUAUUUGACAUUAAGUAUUAUACUCGCGACCAGCGUCGCAAUCGCCCUCCAAUUCGACGCACCAUCCUCAAGAAACCCGACGUCGAGAAGAUGAUGAAGGAGACCAAAUUCGACCCUGCUGAUUUCCCUAAAGUUUAUCUCACUGCCGCGAUUGAGGAGGAUAUGAAUGCCCGUGGAGGUGGUUAUCAGAAGUAGAAAGGUUCUUUGCGCCCUGGGCGAUGUUCUCUUCAGCUUGUAUUCUUCAACUCUGCUUCUCUUUCAAUGUUAACCUGAGAUUGGGUUAUUUAGGUAUAGAAGUUUGUAUGCCUAGCCUAUACAUUAAUACAAGACAUGGGAUUUGGCAUCAAUAAAGUACAUCUCCUUCUGAACUCCUCAAUUUUUUGUUUCUUUUGUAAUGUUAUGUGCUUGUAUUACAACCAUUUGCAACAGUACUCUUGCUUUUCCAUUGCUCCUGAAUUUUACGACAUUUUGCUUGCA